UGGAUAAAGGGGAGAGUAAAGUAAAGGAUGACCAAACUUUCGUGCGGUGUUGACGUCAAACAUCUGCGACGGCGGAUGUAGACGCGUUGAGGUGGACCUAUAACAUGGCGUCUUUUUCGAAACUCGAGGAGUUGGACUUGACCCGGGACGAAGUGGAGCGCUUUUCCACAGCGUUUAAAGAUGAAAAGUUUAGAAAAAUGCUGUGUGAAUACGCGGAGGAAAUUUCCAGUCCGGAAAAUAAGAAAAAGUACGAAGAGGAAAUCACUCAACUCGAAAAAGAGAGGGGCAUGGACAUUAAGUUCGUGCAUCCCAACCCUGGUUAUGUUCUCAAAACCAGCGUUAAUGGGGACCAGAAAUGUUUCAUCAACGUCUGCAGCAACGACCUGAUACAUAAACCCUUUUGCAAAGCUGAAAAGGGUGCCAACGGGACGGUCGGACAACAUUGGUCUCUUCCAUACAGUCUGGCGCCGGGGAGAGAAGAUCUGGGUAAAGGUGGCAGAAAACACAUGAUAUAUGAUGUGGUGUUUCAUCCAGACACUUUGUACAUGGCGAAUAAAAACAAGAAGUUCAAAACAAUGGUAGAUCAAACUUCAAUUGAAGUGAUAGAGAAGCAACUAAAUGCCAAACUAGAUUCAAGAAAUGUUAAAACUUUAAAAGUAAGUUACAAGGGAAUGCCCGAGGCUGCUGUCAUUCGAAAACCUAUUCCUGGUGUUCCCAAGAAACCUCCAGAUGAUGAUGACCCUUUACAGUUUCCUUAUCCCUAUGGUUCCCUAAAGUCAGAAACUCCCUCUGGGCAUGGCACACAAUCUAAAACAACAAACAAAAGUUCAGAAUCUGCAAUGAAGGACAAGAAUACAAAAUCACAAGACAGCAAAUCUACUCAACCCAAAUACUCCAUUAUUCACAGGUCACAUAUUGAUUUGCAAGAUUACCGAUAUGCUCGUGAAGCUGCUUCCAGCACCAGACCUAAAGAGCUGGUGAUUGCUAUUGACCUCCCUUUGCUUAAGUCUGCUGAGAAUGCUUGUUUAGAUGUAACUGAGCAAUUUUUAAGUUUGGAGUCACAGAAACCAGCUUACAAGCUUGAUUUGCGUCUACCUUAUCCAGUAGAUGAAAAUCUGGGGUCAGCUAUGUUUAACAAAUCUAAGAGGCAGCUUGUGGUUACUUUGCCUGUGCUACCUAUGAGGCAAGCCCUAGAAGUGGGACAGUUUCCUGCUGGUGACUUUAAACAAACUAGUAAUGAGUCCACAGAGAGUGGCCAGUUACUUUGUAAAUCAGAUUUUCAGCUUGAAGGACAUUCACAUCAACAAAAUGGAGGGCAUUUUGGUGAUGGUGUGAAUCCAGAAAGUGAAUUUGAAUUUAGCACCUUGCAGGUUUCCAAUUUGGUGCAAUCUGAGAACAAUGAACACUUCAAACUGAGCGAAAGCAAAACCUUUACAGAGUCAACUGCUAAAGAGGCUGCGAUAGUUUCAAAUAAUACUUUAGGAAAACCAAAUGAUGUAAUUGCUACUUCCAAACUUGUUUCAGAGGUAGAUCCUGAAGAACAUGAAAAUGUUGCAAAAGAAGGUGCCAUUGCAAUGAGUGGAAAAGAAUCUCUUGGGACUUUGGAAAAGGUAUGCAGUCAUUCUGUAGGUGAACAGGUAGAUGUAGGUGCAGAUUCAUCUGCAAACACUGCAUUCUACUAUGGUGACUGUUUAAAGAAAACAGAACCGGUAUGUCCUGAUUUCCAUUACCAUCAAAAUAAAGACUCUAUAACAUUCGUACUGCAUGUGCAAAAUGUUAAUGAAGAAAGCUUCAAGUCAGUACUUCACACUCAUGACUAUAGGGUUGUAUUUGGGACUCAGGACUCUGAUGUUUUAUAUUCCUUGAUUGUUCAAUUUCCUCCAGAACAUCAGCUGGACACCACAGAAAGCAUAGUUAAUAUAUCUAAAGACAAUGCUGCAGUCGUGUUAAUGAAGUCACCAGAGUGUCGAGGCUUGUGGCAAAGCUUUCAUGCUGGAGAAUCGUGCAACUGUUUGCAGAAAAAUCUGUGUGUAACUUCAGAAAAUAUCAAUCAAUUCUUGAGUACCAAUUUGGAGGAUCCAGUCACAAAUGAGCUACCAGAAAAACAUCCUUUAAUUAGUGUUGUGGAAAUCAGUGAAAGUGGCCUUGUUAUUCAUUCUAAGCUUCAGGAGAGUGAGAACACCAGUUCCCAUGGAUUUUCUCUGAAACCAGACAGAGUUAAACACAAUGAAGCUUGUAAUGCUGCAAACGUUCAACAACAGACAGAAGAAACCAGUUUUUCUGAAUCUAUUGCAGAAGGUAAAAUAUUGGAAGAAGAGACACCAUUGGCAAAUGAUGCUGCUGAAUUUGUAUCUAAUGACAAAUACCAAUUAGUUGCUAUGGCAGGCACUGAUAAUUUUUUGGAAACGACUAAUGCAGGAGAAGGAACAAAUAAUGAAGUUCCAAAUUAUGACAUGAAUCAAUUGACGCACAGUAACUGUUGGACUUCUGUUAAUGCGAGUAAACUUACUAGUGAGGUUAAAAUGAAAAGUGAGUCAAAUAUGUCACCCUCUCACGCAAGUACAAUAUAUGUUGACAAGCCACUAUCUAUAAAUGAUGAACCUCUACUUGUAAACUGUGAAAAAUCAGUACAUUUUAAACAGUGUACAAAAGUAGAUGAUAAUGUACUUGAUGAAGAUGACCUUCCAAAUAACCAGAAAGAUGAGAACACUCCCGAGUUUAUUAAUACUACGGCUCCACUGCAAAUUCUUGAGGAAAUCAAUCCCAAUGACCAAAGUGUUAAGAUUAUAAGUGACCAUAAAACAAAAUCUGCAUUCAAUUUCCAAAGUAUGGAGUUGUAUCAACUAGACUAAAGAAAUGUUUGAAAUGGUUAGAAGGGAAACUUUAACUUUAUUGUGCCUGAUUUAAGGCUUGGCAUUAUAGGGGUCUGAAUGAACCAAGAUUGCGUCUGAAGUUUAAAACUGUGAUACAUUAGUAUAGGUUAGUUUGCAUUUUAAAUCGCAUUCCAAAUCACAAAAUAAGUUAAUUUUUGUUUAGUUUAUGGCCAUGUAAUAACAGCCAAACUGGCAAUUUGUGACCAUAGAGUCAGAGAUGUACAGCAUGGAAACAGACGUUUUGGUCCAACUCAUCUAUGCUAUUCAGAUAUUCUAAAU